AUCGCGGAGCCUCGGGCGCGGUCCCCAUGGCAAGUCACUGUCGUCGCCGUCGCCGGGCUCCGAGGCGGCUGCGCGGACGCCCAAGCGCGAGGGCGCGUCGCCGCACGUGGGGCCCGGCGGCGACAGCUGCGGGCGGAGCCCCCUCACGCCCAUGAGCAACCUCAAGCUGCUGACCCGCAUAGCAUCCAUGGAGGAGUCGAUCAGCAGCAAGAAGGCGCUUUUCGGCCACGAGAAGCCGGCCUGCGGUGACGGGGCCUCUUCCGCCGAAGCAGCUCCUGCGGCCAGGGCCCCAGCGCUGCCCGCCGGCGGCCCCGCGUCCACGCUGCGGCGGCACAACAGCGACUGCCUCGGCCAGGCCAACACCAGGGGCAGGCUGGGCAGGAGCACGGCGCUCCGCAAGCACCCGACCAGCAGCGACUACCCGACGCCGAGCUCGCCCGGGAACCUGGUCAUGGAGAGCGUCGGCCACAUCCCCUCCGUCGACGACUCCUGCGCCGCCCGCGCCUCCGAGGGCUCCAGGAAGGACAAGUCCCUCGGACUCCUCAGCGAAAAGUUCCUGGAGCACUUCCCGAUGGAGGUCUCGUUCCUGGAGACGCCGCGCAGGCUGGUCAUCGACGAGGUGGCGGCCAUGCUCGGCACGGAGCGGAGGCGCGUCUACGACAUCAUCAACGUGCUCGAGAGCCUCAACAUGGCGGCGCGCGUGCAGAAGAACAUGUACCAGUGGAUGGGCCAGCUGCACCUCCAGGAGACCCUGGGGCGGCUUAAGGCGCUCGGACACAAGCUCGACGUCGGGGCGCAGCUGCAAGCCCUGCAGCACUUCGAUCACGACUUCAAGUUUCCACAGCGUAUCAAGACCAGUCUCCAAGGUGACGGAGAGAAGACAGAUACAAGGAGAGAGAAGUCACUUGGAAUCCUGUGUCAGAAGUUCCUUAUGUUGCUGUUGGUCAGUCCUGAGCCCCACAUGAUCUCCCUGGACAACGCCGCGCGCAUGCUGGUGGGCGAGGCGGGCGAGGACGGGGAGCGGCUGAGGACGCGCGGCCGACGCCUCUACGACAUCGCUAACGUCCUGGCCUCGCUGGGGCUGGUUCGGAGAGUGCCCACGGCGAAGGCCUUCCAGUACAUCGGGCCGCAGGUCGAGGCCGUCACCAGCGAGGAAGAUACCUUAGGCAUCCUCCACCGCCACUCCCUGCUUCCCUCUCGCCUCGGAAGCAGCGGAGGCAAGGAGAACCUGGUGACUUCCUACGGCGACCACGAAGUCACGCCUUCCAACAGCGUCCCUCCCGUGCAGAAGCGAGGGCGCCCCAGGAAGCUCUCCACGGACUUCGGGACUUCUGCUGUGCCUGCAGCCAAAAGGACCAAACUUCAGAGGACAAAGAGUGAAGAUGUCUCUACUUCGAAACAGUCAAGAAAGAUCAUGCGACAUCCUUCUCUUCAUGAUAUAUGCCAGGUGGCCGAAGUGGAGCGUGAGAAACUGCUCGAGAGUGAACGGCUGCAGCGAUCGCGUUCAACUGACAGUUCUCACUCGAGCCAUGCUGGACCUUCUCCGUCUUCUGAGAGAAGUGAGGAAUCCUCAUCAGACUUGGCAGGAUUCAAGCCUAUCACCUCAGUCCCUCAGUCGUCCCUGCGCACCCUCCUCCAGCGCCGUUUCACCAAUCGAACUAAAAUCCCUAUCGCCCUGACGUUCCAGACCCCACCCCAGGGCGAUAAUGAAUCCACGCACCUUAGGUCGCCCGCACAGAUUAUUACUAAGCAUUCACCGUCUGUGGCUAAGGUACUUCACGUGGCACCUGAGACAAGUCAGACACUCCAUCCAGACACAAUACCCACGGUUCCAUCACCAAGAAAUAUACCCGUUUUCUCUCAGACUUCAUCUCCAUUCUAUCCAGUGAACUCAGCCUCAGUCAGUACCCAAAACGCCUGCCUGACCCAGAACCAGCAGAUGAAACCAGUAGUCGUGGUGAAAGGUGGCAGCAGACUCAUGAACAGCUCACACAAUCAGUCCCGUGUUGUGCCCGUUGGUUCCACAACCACCCAGGGACCACAGGUGAUAAAACUAAUUACCAGGACUGGUGGAUAUAUGCAACAGGAGCCAUCCACUGUUAUUACUGUGCUGCCUGCUGGUCAGGCAGUCAGUAAAUUCACUCCACAGAAACACAUAGUACAGGCCGGAGGGGGAUUCCAACAGAUAUCCCAGGGUAUAUACACUAAUGGGAAGAAAGUCAUAUCAAAUUCCACAGGUUCUGUGAAGUGUGAGGUUCCAGUUCAGGGGAAGGUUUUCACAGAGCAGAGACAGGUCUCUUCACAACCCUGUACGGUAUAUACAGUGUCGAGGAACAUGGUGACAGAGAAAACCUUUUCAAGGGUGAAUUCAGCUGAGGUCCUUCACAUGCCAACAGUUGUUCAAAAAUACCAAGGGCCCUCACUGCAGAGUGGCAGUACGUCAGAACCCAGAUUUUCACAAAUUUCGCAGUCACAGACCACCGCAUUUCAGAUACAAAACAGUGUUUCAAAGUCAGGAGGAAUGUCGACUGUCAGAACAGCUAGCUUCCGGGAAAGUUCCCGCAGUUCUCCGCCCAUGCCCAGUACCCAGCAGGCCGGCAACCAAGCAAGCACGUGGCAGCCGUCGCCAGAAAGCUCCAGCACCGACAGUGAACUGGAGCAAAUCUUCGGGGAUUCCUUCAAAUUCACACGUCCAAAGAUCCUAGUCCAAGCAUCCAGUGGUCAGAUCGCUCCCCAUUUAAAUCAGCAUACAUAAUCCCCUCAAGCAAUUGAAGCAACAGUAUUGAAGGAAAUGCUAAGAGGAUGCUUUUCAAUGGAAGAAAUUGACGAGAAUCACCCGACACCCUGCACAGAAAAUGAUGUAACAGAUGGAAUUUCCUUGCAAAUGAAUGGCAGAUUUAUCCCAGCGGUGUUUGGAAGCCACACCAAACGGUACAAAAAAAGAAGAGGCAUCUGAAUGUUGUUAUUUAUGAAAAAAAGAGAAAAAUAUGUUUGUUAUGACAUUCCAUUUUAUAUAUCUAUUUUUGUAAAACUUGAAUUGAUUGUUUCGUGUUACAUAUUGUUAAUAUGUAAUAUUCAGAUUAUUUUCUGAUGGUUAUGUACUAUUCCGUAUUUUGAUACUCCUAAAUAAUAUCAGGUAACAAUCUCAUAAUCACUCUGUAUGUAAAUCAUAUUCGAUAUCUGAUAGGGGACCUGAAAGACUUCAUCAACGUGGUGGGCUAUUCAUAUUUCACUUCAAUCACAUUUUACCAUGUUUAUGUUAAUGUACUGUAUGAGGACUUUUUUAUACUAAUGUUAAUAUUAAGAAACAGCUCGUUUGGUUAAUGAUCAGUACUAGCAUAUUUUAGCUCCAGCAGUGUAUUGCUGAUGUUUACAAACGUCAGGAAAGCAGGUUUAUGUACAUUAUUUAUGGUAAUUUCUUGGAAGUUUAUUUAUCUCACAUACAAAUCACAUCUCAUGGCUCUAUGCUUAGCUGUACAGUGACUUCAUUAUCAUUUUGAGAAAGGUGCUUUCUGUCUGAAGUACUACAUUUUUUGUAUGUAAACUGGCAUACAAAUGCGUUGUUUUGAGUGACUAUCUAGCUUUUGGCUUCAUCUUUCAUUAUUUAUGAAAAAUAGGAUUUUUAUCAAGCUCUCCAGGUUUGGGGGAAAUGUUUUUGUCAUAGUAGAAAUUUCAUAGGAAGUACCUGCAUAUAACUGAUUUUCUUCUAUUUCAGUUUUAGGUUACAUGUGCUAAAUUAACGUGUGUUUUUGGGUUGUUUGUGAAUCAUCUUGUUUUGGGAUGAUUAUUACUGUAAGUUUUUCUUUUCCAUAUCUUAGGAUAUGCAAUCUUUAUUCAAAACAUAUCAUUAAUUUUAAGUCGCCAUGUCUUACCGUGUGCUUGAAGUAUUAAAUGUAUUGUAUUUUUCAGUUCUUAAUGGAAGUGGCAAUCGGAGAGGAAAGAUGAAAUUGAAAUAUAUGCAGAUUCUGUUUUAUGCUAUUUAUAUAGUGAUUAGGGAUUAUAUAUUUAGUUUUGAUUGUCACUUCUAGUCUUGUAUAGCCUUAUUUUUGUCAAUCCAUUUAGUCAUCAGUGUCACAAGUUCAAUAAUAUCAGAUGAUGAUAUUGAACGAAUUUCAUUGUUUCAGUGGAUUCACUUGGUGGAAAGGCUUUGAUAUCGCAGUUGUGUAAUUUCUGCAUUUAUCUUGACUACUUAUCUCUGAUUUUUUAUGUCAUUAAUUUGUUUGGCUGAAGUCUCAUCCUUUAAUAUUAUCAUUUCCCUUUUAAAAAAUAUGAAAAGAGAGAUUCUGAAGCAUUUUCGAUGCAACUGAACGGUUAUAAUAGUGUUGUUACAAGUCAUUGGUAUUCCAGAAGACAAGUUUUGUUACAGAGCAAAACAAAGAUUUCCUCAGCUGUGUGUGUCUACAUUAACAAUCAUGCAGUGUGUCAUGAGAUGUAUUUUUUCUUUGUAGACAUAGUAAAGGAUUUCUUAUUUUAGUGCAAUGAAAUUGAAUGGAAAAAUAUAUAUAUUGAUUAUAUUUAUAUUUAGACAGGACUAAGGUUUUGUUCUUAAAACAGUGCAACCAAGUUGUAAAUUGUAACAAGAUGUUUUCUAAAAGUUUAUGUUUAUGCCAGAUUUGAAUGAAGUAGUGUGGGUUUCCUUUCAUGGAUUCAAAUAUCUAUUUUUUAUAUAUCAUGAAUUUCUUUGGGUGCUAUCACUAUUUUGGUUUAUAGUAUUUUAUACAUUAAUCAAAUAUAUGAACUGAAAAGUUUGGUUUGGCCUCUAACAUUUUUCAGACAAACUCCAAAAUUAAUGCAUUAAAUGAAUGAAAAUAUAUGAGUCACAUUUCUGGUCAACAUUGACUGUAUGUAAAUAUAUAUAUAUCUAUAAAAUCAGUGUAACAUUUUGAAGAAAUAAUAGUGUAUAAAAAGAGGAGCUUGUUAUUAUUCACCCCAAAAUUGAUGCAAUAUGUAUGAUCAUUAAGUAUUUUUAUUACAAGUCUGAAGUAGUUAUUUAAUUUGAUAAAUACCAUAAUCAGU